AAUGUUACUGCCUGAAACUCUAAUGGGAAAAGUUUGUCUUCGCUACGUCGAAGACAGUCUACAAACAAGGGUUCCUUCACGUGAAGUUGAAUUCGCCGAUAUACUGGGUCUAAGUAGAAGGGAAAAAAUCCUCAAGGCGCAAAGAAAUCUUAAAAAUCCAAGUAUCAAAGACGUUCAUACAACAAGUCUGCCAACUGAUGACUCUGAUGAGUUGAAGGAAAACAUCGCGAAGGAGAACAACAUACACCUUCCAAUUUUCCCAGAAACUUAUAAUAUAGACAUUCAGAGUGCAUGGCGUUUUGCUCGAAAAGCCGAUCCAUCGGGUUUGAGGACAGUAGAAAUCAUCACCAAGGUCGAUCAAAUACUCGACUACACAUAUCACGAGGAUAGACACAAAGAACUUGCUUCCCUGGUUAGUGGUAGAGAUGAACGGACCAUAAAAAACGAGAUGUUUAUCAUUAGAAAUUCAUCGAAUGAGGAAAGUCGAAGAGCCAGAGCAGUGAACCCUGGGGAUCUAGAGGAUGCUACGAUAAUAGUUUAUUGCAGAAUCAAAUGUGAAGAGAUGUUUCUCGAAAUCGGGUUCGGAUUAUCGAAUUUGAUUAUAAAGUUAAGUGAACUUCAAAAAGUGCCACAAGAGCACAGGAUUAGAUUAUUUUUGGAACAGCGAAAGGCUGAGCUUGAGGAGAAAUUGCAAUCAUUAUUACCACCACUGGCUGCAAUCCUGUUAGACGAUUCAUGGAACUCAUCGGUAAAUUCGACAAUGAAUUCUCAAGUCGAGCGUGAAAAACCACGUUUGUACCGAGGCCAACAAUGGAAUUUCAGGCAAUUCAACCUGGCACUUCUAAUACUCGACCGAUUUAUAAUUUUUAGUUCAUAUUCUGCGGAAACUUUCGAUCCAAUAAAAUUGGAGAUUGCGGCGGAAGAAUGGUGUUCGUGUUUUCAUCAGGAUAAUCAUCAGUACACUUGGACUCUAGAAGAACUUUGCGAAUUCGUACAAACAGCUCAUGGUGGACAACUAACUGGUGGACUAUUUACUUUUCCUUCUUUUUUUACAAAUGGCAUAUCUCUCUUACAGACUUGUCUUAAGAGAACUGCUCAAGAAAUAUAA